UCUUCAUGUGGUAGCGGUGUGUGUAUUGGGUGGGGAUUGUGGGGGCCCAUGGCUGAGUGAUAUUAGGAGUAUUCUUUUCAUCAAAUGCUGCAUUAUCUGCAGGUACCAAGGUGACGUGGCUUGUGACCAUUUUAUGAAGAUGACAAGAUUAACAGUUUUACCGCUAAAGUUGUGUGAUCGACAAUGAUGAGGGAUUCUGUUCUUUGAAAGGAUUUUACAGGAAGAUCGUCAUAUUCCAAAUUUAACAUCAGUUUCCUGAGCAUCGUACAGCUAUACUCCGUCAGGACAGGAACAGUUGAUGUCUGUCAGCGUCCUAUGCUAAUUAAUUGUGGAGAGGACAGAAUUAGAUGACUACAAAAGUUUGUUCCAAGACAACAAUAACCUAGCCUAGUAUUUGAUGCUAAUGUGCAUGCCGUUGCAGACAGAUGCUAAAGGUAACAUGUCACUACGGGGACUUUGAGGCAUUUCAUAGAUGAUGGACCUUAUGUUACCAUGCUGUUAAUUUGACUGAAGUGUUCCAGAUAUAAUUAGAAAAUAUUGGACAAGUCAGCAAUGGCGAGAAUGUCAAGAAAAGUAUUAAUGUAUAUGUGCGCAAUGUUUUUGAUAUGUUUCAUGUUAAUGUAUAGAAAUCUGCCAUGUGAACCGCACAGUAAUUAUCUCAUGGUUCCGAAAGGAGAACGCAUGAUAUAUGAUCGUAAUCAGCAGGCGAUACCUUAUCAUCGUGAAAUGCCAUUGAUUUUUAUCGGAGGCAUGCCACGAAGUGGGACAACCCUUAUGCGUGCAAUGCUUGAUGCUCAUCCAGAUGUUAGAUGCGGAGAAGAAACCCGUGUCAUCCCAAGAUUGCUCGGAAUGCGAACUAAUUGGGAUCGAUCAGCAAUCGAAAAACAGCGACUACUGGAAGCGGGAAUAGAUGACAAAGUAUUAGACUCAGCUUUAUCAGCCUUUAUUUUAGAAAUUAUAGCUUUACACGGAGAGGCGGCACCAUAUUUAUGUAACAAAGAUCCAUUUACCUUGAAAUCCAGUGUUUAUUUAAAAAAGUUAUUUCCAAAUGCUAAAUUUAUAUUUAUGAUUCGAGAUGGCCGUGGGACUGUGCAUUCAAUUAUUUCUCGCAAAGUAACAAUUACGGGUUUCAAUUUAAAUGAUUACAGACAAUGUUUAUCUAAAUGGAGUACUGCAAUGGAAAUGAUGUACUCUCAGUGUCUACAAGUGGGAGCGGACAAGUGUAUGCCAGUUUACUAUGAACAGUUAGUUUUACAACCGGAACUCUGGAUGAAACGUAUCAUUAAAUUCUUAGAUAUUCCAUGGAAUUCAUCAGUACUUCAUCACGAAGAUUUCAUCGAUAAACCAGGGGGAAUUUCUGUUUCAAAAACUGAGAAAUCAUCAGACCAGAUUAUCAAACCAGUGAAUCUGGAAGCUUUGAACAAGUGGGUGGGACAUAUACCUAAUGAUGUCAUUAAAGAUAUGGGAAAUAUCGCCCCAAUGUUACGCACCUUAGGAUACGACCCAGAAGCCAACCCUCCAAAUUACGGCAAACCAGAUCCAAAAGUUGCAGACAAUACCUUACAUAUACAGCAAAAUGUUGAAUUCUGGAAAGAAAGGGAGGCGGAGUUAUUAAAAAAGGAUAAGCCACCCCAACGACGAGGGGUACCUGGAGGUGUGAGAGCACAGGGUGAUGGUAUGGGACCACCUGUAGAUGCUAUUUAAAGAUGAACAAUCAUAUUGUAACCUAUAUGUAAAGAACAACAAUCAUUUUUACCUGUAACCUUGAGGUUUAUAUCUGUAUUCUUUUUUGUUGAUAUUUUUGUUAUUCUUUACGCUUGUUUUAAUUGACAAUCUAGGAGGGUAAACUAUUCUUCUCUUCUAGGUUUGUGCUCAUUUAUUUUCAAAAUGGCAUUUUUGCUGUUGAAUUUUAUUUUUCCAUAGACAUUUUUAGUUUAAAAGACUUUAAACAAGGGCAUAGUAUAAAUUGAUUUUUUUUAACCAGGUGAUCAGCAGAGUUAGAUAUGAUUUGAAAUCAGAUACAAUGCCUUUUACUCUCUUUAAUGAAAUUAAUUAUGUCUCCCACCACACAGUGGUGUGGGAGACAUUAUUGAUUUACUCCAGUCUGUGUGUGUGUGUGUGUGUGUGUGUCAGUCUGUCUCUCUGUCACAAAGCUUGUCCGCACUCUUAAGUCGAACAUUUCUCAUUCGAUCUUCACCAAACUUCAACUAAAUGUGUUUGACCAUAAGACCUCGGCCAAGUUCGAUAACUAGCCAAAUCAGCCGAGACACUUCAGAAUUAUGGCCCUUGAACAUAAUUGCCAACAACCACCAGUGCAGCAUUGUAGACGGUUACUCCCAUCCGCUACCGCCGAACAGCAUUGUACACCAACACAGCAUUGUAGACCGGUUACUCCCAACAUGUGAAUACCAAUAGGCCACAAACUGUAUACAAAAACAGACUUACUAUUCAGAUGAUUAGGCAGUUGUGGGAGACAUGCGCUUUUCUCAAAAGCACCUCUAGUUGGUAUAAUGAAUUUAUUAUUUAUGCUGAAAUUCCUUGCUUGUUUUGUCAUUUAUUCAUGUAUACAAGGUACUAUGUUUACUAAGAGAAUGUUUUAUUUGCAUUUAUUUUUUGCAUAAUAAAUUUACAUUUCAGUUUCUGAAUUAACUGUUAAAAUUUAAAACUUGAAUGUAAUGAAAUUAGAAUCUAUGUUAAUUUAGGACACGGAGUUUUCUCAUUGCCCCCAUUCUGUUUUUACUUUAAAAGAAUAGUGUGAAAGUGUAUAAAAGAUUUUUUAAAGGACUGUUUAUCUUUAAACUAGAAACAAAGCUAAAAUAUUUUCAUCUAAAAUAAUAGAAGGUUCAUAAGAUCUAUACAAUAAACUGUGCAGUAAUUUGAUGUUAAACCAUUUUAUUUUAAAUUGAUUAGCAAUUAAGUUAAGGGAAAAUGGAUUGAUGUAAUUAAGUGAAUAAGCUCAACUAAUUUGUUAAUUACUUGCACUUAAAACAGGGUGCAUCAGUGGUCUUUACAGAUGAAUUUAAAGGGAUUCUAGGUUCACUUUACCCUUACGGUAGUAGGUUUGAGCCUUACCUGGGGUUAAAUUUUCUAUAAGAGAAAGUCUGAGAAGGUUUGUGGUUCUACUCAGGUGCCCAAUCAUGUUUCAAUUGAUUUCUGUAGUAGAAUCUUAAAAGUUUCCUUGGCCAUUCUGUUUUUGGUCUCAGAUAUUUUAAGAAUUAUUUUGAUAACACUAUUACACAAAUAUAUAAUACAAGAUGUGUUAGUGUAUGGGUGAGAAACUAGUCAUCACACAAAGCAGUGAUAUUUAGGGUUAUAGUAAGACCAGUGUAUAUGUGUUCAGUGUAUUUUUGGUGAAUGAAUAAUAUUAUUGUUAUAUGUAUGGAAGUACUGUGUUCACAAAUGGAAUUGACCCAAGAUUUUUAUUAGUUAUAGAACCAGCUUUUGCUGAAUCAGCUACUUAAAAUGCAUGGAACAGUCCCAGAAUUAUAUAUAGAUAAGUUUUGUAAAAUUAUGGAAAAAUGUUUGUUUUUACGUAGACUUUGAUGAUAUAGUGAUAUGAUUAUAGUCAGUUUUAAAGUAACCUUGACCAGGGCUCCGGAAAUUUUGAUAACUCAAUCGGUCCGAAACGAAAAUCCUGACAUCGGCGCUACCCCACCCACCGCAUUCCCAAUAUUACAUAUUUUGUAAAACGUGAUAGGGUAAAGAAAUAAGCAUAUCAUGCAUUAAAACUGAGUUACCAGUCACAGAACAUUACCUUACAAUGAAGACAGUUAUUCAGUGUUGUGUGUGAUCGUUACUUUGUUUAAAUUUCAAUGUUUUUCCGAGAUAAUACGAGGCAUUGACAGCGUGUGCGUAACUAGUCUAAAAGCCAACGCACGUGACUUCGAUACCGUAUACAGGGCAGAUACUUUGUGAUGUUUCCUCAUUUUUUGACGGAAUUCUAUAAAAUACAAUGCGUCAAAGUGAGUUACACGACACAUAUUCUCUGCUAAACAGCCUCAGUAUUUAAAGAAUACUCUGCCGCGGACCGAAUGUGUACGUUAUUUGAACGCUGAGAUCGAAUUUCCCGCAUGUAUAGUACCAAAACGUCACGCGGGUUGGCCACGGAUAUUUCAUUUCACUUACGUUGUACUUCAAUAAGCAACUACAUUUUAUAAAGUUAUAUGUUCUCUUCUGAUGUAAACAAAAUUUCAUUUUGAAACGUUUUUUAAAAGACCGAUUUGAUAAACAGUGCCACUCCGGUUUUCUUUAUCAUUCGUGGUUGCCCGUCCAUUUUUUUCUUUUUUUGUACAGUCGGGUUGCAAAGACGAUUUUCUGCAUUUGUUUCAACUGGAGCCCCAACAAAUGAAUCAUGCAUUUUUUUCAAAUCAAGUAAAUAUAAAAAUUAUUUUUAUCUGUUUUCCGUGUGAUGUCUCAUUAAAUCAAAGACCUAUAAUGUACUCUUUGAUUAAAUGCAGCGACCAUUUGUUUGUUACCGUGAUCAAACAUAGCCUUUUGAAAUAAACCAUCCGUCGGAUUCUAAAUAAAAGAAGUGGACCCCCCUCGAAAUGAUUUGGAUCCAGUCAGAAACGUUAGGAAACCCGUCAAAAAUGUUUAACACACCGCAGUCGGCUGUCUGCAAACAUUAAAGGAUGUGCCACGCGAGCACUGAUUGCGUCACGCGCUAAUUACGGACCGAUUAUCAAAGUGACAAUCAGACCGAUUGACACGUUUAUUGAUUAUCUGAAGGUGCGACCAACAAUUUCCUACUUGGCAGGUGAUCGUGUAUUGAGAUAUCAGACCGAAAUUUAUACUUUUCUCCAUUUUUACGGGACCGAUUUUUUUCGUUUUUUCACUUCACGAAUCGGUCUGAAAAGUCAAAAAUCGGUCCAAAACUGACAAACCGGCAAAUUUCCGAAG